AUGCUCAACGAAUUGAACGAAGAAGGGAAGAGAACAGGACUUGGUUACCGUUGCGAUCGUGUUUUGGUCUUCGGCGAGAUUUCGGAUAUGACGAAACGUCGCCCUUCGAAUAAAAAGCCCACUGGAGCGAAUAAAUCUCUUGGAAAUUCCCUCACUAAUGAGCGUGAUCGAGUACGGCGAGAACAUCAGCGUUCAAAAUACGAUGCCGAAGACAUUGAGAGUCCAGCUUUUGUCGGAGUUAGUACGAAAAAAUGCAUUGAUUCAAUUACUGAUGAAACAAGUCUCGAGGAAUUCCUUGCAAGAGCACAACUGGCGGGGACAGAAUUCACAGCGGAACGCGACCAGUUUUGCGUUGUCGAGAAAAACGGUUCCGUAAUUGUACCUUCUCGAGCUGAUUACAAGAAUAGCAUUGCACUGCAAAAACAGUUCGAACAUCGGUUAAGAAUCCCAAGAAGACCGCGUAAAGAUCUCUCGAUUAGUGCAGAAGAGCUGAUGAAGUUAGAGAAUGAAAUCUUUCUUCAGUGGAGGUCAGAUUUGUCUGAACUGCAAGAGCAUGAUGGUCUAGCGCUGACGCCCUUUGAACGAAAUCCAGACAUGUGGAGAGAGCUUUGGCGAGUUGUUGAACGCAGCGAUAUUAUUGUACAGAUUGUGGAUGCACGCAAUCCACUUCUUUUCUGGAGCAAAGAUCUCGACGCAUAUGCAAAAGAAGUUGAUCCAGCAAAGAAAGUUCUCUUGCUUAUCAACAAGGCAGACCUUCUCGAGGAGUAUCAUCUUAUGGAAUGGGCAAAAUACCUAACUGGGAACAAUAUCGAUGCUAUUUUUUGGUCCGCCCUCGAACAAUCCUCAGUUGGCGAAGAAGAUUGCGAAAUGUUACCAUUAUCAUCCACAGUGUCAUCAUCAAUAUGUGGUCGGCUUUAUCUUCGGACCCGCGACGAACUCAUACAAUAUCUGAAGGACAUCGGUUAUGCCUCUGACAUUCCUGGCUCUAAACCUGUAGUUGUGGGAAUGGUAGGAUAUCCGAACGUGGGCAAAAGCUCAACAAUUAACAAAUUGGCCGGAAGCAAGAAGGUUUCCGUUUCUGUGACUCCGGGAAAAACUCGGCAUUUCCAAACAGUUCACUUGGACAACCAACUGUGUUUGUGUGACUGUCCAGGUCUUGUGAUGCCUUCGUUCACUUUUGGAAGGAAUGAAAUGUUCUUGAAUGGUAUUCUUCCGGUCGAUCAAAUGAGGGAACAUAUUGGGCCAGUUGCUUUGUUGAUGUCUCGUGUGCCAGUGUCUUUCUUCGAACGCAAUUAUUCAAUUAUGUUGCCAAAAAGCUCAAAACCGUCGCCGUUGAAUCUACUCUCAUCGCUAGCUUUUAUGCGUGGAUUUAUGUCAGGGGCAGGGGUGCCCGACAUUUCACGUGCCGCCCGUUUCAUUAUCAAAGACGUUGUCGCAGGUCGUAUACGGUGGAUUGCUCCUCCACCAGGAAUUGAGCAAGAGGAUUUCAAUAGUCAUUUGUACCAUAAAGAGGAGGAGAGAUCAGAUGUAGGUCUUGUACAACUUGAGCAGCUUGAAAAACGAGGACUGCUCGAAGGAGAAGACAUUAUGGAUAGGAAAGUGGAUCAAAUAUUCUUCAGUGAGACCCAAAAUGCUGCUCACAUUCGCAGUGCAAAGCCCAAUUUCAUAGCACUGCCGAACAGCGGCAGUGCACCUAGUGCGACGAAAAAGGGUGAUAAACUCCAUCACAAUAAAAACAAGAAGGAGAAGCUCCGAAGGAUAUAUGUUAGUUCGAAUUGA